AUGGUCCCAUUAUGUCUGUACGAAGUGAAGGAACGAGAUAUGGUGAACCCAAGUCGGCGUCUACGUCGAAAACGGAAACGGGAACGAGGAAGAACCGGUUUGACGUCAUUCACUUCUUCGCUCUCUUUGAUGGCAUCAGUAAUUCUUGUUUCAAUCAGUAGUUAUGAGAGCUCAGUGGCGGCAUAUGCGCCGAAUCAGGCCUUCUCAAGAAGACGACUCAGUCCUUUCUCAUUGCCUCAGAGAGGCUCAUCAUCAUCAUCAUCGUCACUAGACAUGGCAUCCCAAGUGGCCAGCAUGGAAGGCUUGUCUCCGUACUUUCGAGGAAUUCUGAGUCGAACCAACAGUCGUCAACGAUUCGUCACGGGCAGAUAUCCGUUGAUUAUCGAUAUCCAAGAAAAUCCAACUGCAAGAUGGCUCAAUCUCGGAAGAGUGAAUGAAAACAUCGCAACUACAUACGUGUUGGUGAACGAAACCACUAUCGAUAGGAGUCUUGCAUCCUACGAUCGGUUCCAGUGGGUUGAUGAGGAGGCUAGAUUGGAGUUACAUAAUCGAUACACAUCCGUCAGUUUGGAGCUGCUAGCAGAGGUUAACAUCCCCAAACCUGGAUACUUGAACAUCCUUCCCGCGGAUGGACCCGGUGCCUCUGCCACGGAAGUUCGAACCAUGCAAUCCACAACCAGAUGGAAUCGGUGGAGGAACAGUCCAGUAUACCGAGAGUUGGAAGAAAUCCAAUGGAAUGCCCCCUAUCGGGAUCGGCUGUGGGUAACUGGAUUCACCCUCACAGGUCGCAAAGGAUUGGUACAAAGUGUGGACGCGGAAUCGGGACACAUUGAUUCGGUCAACAAAAGGUCGAAAUCUAUGACACUCUGGCCCAAUGAAGUGAACCAUGUGCCAAAAGUUCUUGUAGAUCGAGGUGGCCCACAACGUCAAAAAGUAGAAGUUGACGAUGCUUUGUUAGUCAGCGAUGGCUUUUUGGUUCCGGGAAAAGAUCGAGGCGGAAUUUACGUGAUCAAGAACCCAAGCAAUCCCAACUCUGAAUGGACGAUGUGCCUGACAGAUGAAAAACUAGAUAACUGGUUCUAUCACAGAGCGGUAUGGGUGGACCUUACAGGAGAUGGACGAAAGUCGAUUUUGACGGCACGGGCCAAACUCCGUAAAGUUGCCGGUCACAAAGAUACUCCAAAGGAGGAGGAUAACCGACCAAAAAAUGGGCAGUUGGUGUGGCUCGAAAUGCCAGAACCUCAUCAUUUCGACGAAUCCACUGGGACACCAUUGGAGAAAGAUGGAACGGCGUUCGAUCCAUUCAGCUCACGUCAUCUACCAUGGAAGGAACGAGUUUUGGCAACGGGCCCCGAUGUUAUGUUCAACGUUGUCGAUAUGGAUACAGAAGACGACACUAUCGAAGUAAUCGCGAGCCAGUUCUUUGACAAACGAGUAACAUUGCAUUCCAUCAAGAUUGGAAAGAAUCCGUCUAUUUCAUUCGCCAGGACCAUUGACAAUCGAUGUGGUGCUGCCUUUGGUGGGAUUGUGGCGAAUCUGGAUGGCAGACAAGCAGGCAGCCCUGCGAAUGUGGUGAUUGAUUCUGGAAGUACUGUACGGACACUCCAGCCAGGUGAUUCAUUCUCGCACGUCUUGGUCACAAGUCAUGAGUGUAACUAUGCUGAAAGCGAAGAAAAGGAAUUGAUUGGCGGAAGCAUGACCACGCAUCACGCAAAAGACCCUCACCACGUUGACCGAUCCAAAUCCUUCGAUGGUGGAUCGUUGUUCUCUUAUCGGGUACCAGAAGGGAAAGAUGCAUGGAAGAGCGAGCCAUGGGUCAGAACAACUGUUGCUACUGGAUUCAAGGUGAAAGCCCAAAUUUGGAACGUGAUCAAUCCUGGAGCCCCAGGAUUUGUGUACACCUUUCAUGCCCGAAAGGAAGAUGCUCGCAAAGGAAAACGACCAAUGAUUGCAAUUGCCGGUGAUUGUGCCGAAUCCGCAUACAUUUUCCGACCCGAGGAUGUUAGCGAGCGGGAUUCACUCUAUGUAUCAGAUUCGGAUGCGCAAUACCGCUUAAUGUCGGAGAUUCGGUGCGGAGCCACUGUUGGGUCUAUCGCCAUUGGCUACGAUGACCUUUGCUCCGCGGAACAGGAGUCUGGUUACGCAAAAAUAUAUAUCCCAUGCUACGAGAAGGACAAAAUUCUGGUGUUUGCCAUGGGAAGUGGCGAGGAAGAUGAUGGUUGGUAA